AUGCUGAGCUGUGAUGAGGCUUGGUUCACGGGCAGUGCUGAGUUGGCUGGAAUUGGGACCCGUUUGCCCGGUGGACCGGAGAGUACCGGGCACGGACGAAAGAUGAAGAUCCUGAAGUGGGAACUUGAGCCUUGCCAUCGACGAGACGCGCUUCGUGGUGCGCGCGAUCAGCAGCAGUUCCUGCGCGGCCUUGUCCACCGCGCUCCAGAGGAGGCUAUUUAUGCCACCAUCGCAGCACGCCAGCGAGAAGCAAUAAAGAACUUGCUUGGGAAGAAGGUGCCAUUCUGCCCAGUUCUUCGAGGUGCCAUCAUCAACUCUUGGACGGCGAGUCGCUUCAACGGAACACCUUCAGAGGAGAUCUUGAAGGUUUGUAGCGAUCGCUUGGCGGAGGCUGAAUCGAUGGAAGCACCUGAGGAGUCCUUUUUUCUCCGGAGCACUGACGUGCUGCAUGUCCUCAGAGUUGCUGAUGAGGUUGUCUUCCACACAGCAGGAGGCUGUGAGGAACGCCAUGUGCCACACUCGGUGCGGUAUUGGUCGGUGGUAAGGCAUGCAAAGAUCAGUGAUUGGUGGCACUUUGCCACGGAGUUCCCUGUGGGGUGUGCUCAUCCACCCUUGCCUGGAAAUCAUUCUGGCAUCAAGGUAUUGGUUUUGGGCUUGGCAAAGACUGGCACCCGGACCAUUUGCCAUGCACUCAACGAGCUGGGAGUCCGCGCCUAUCAUAGUGAGGAUUUCCACUUCCUCCCCUGGUGGGACUUUGUCCAUGAACAGCGAGCAGGGAAGGGUGUGGAUGGGACGCACUCGGUCUACCUAGCUCAGGAGAUGCAAAAGGAUGAUGAGCUGGCCUCCCGCUUGAUGGAGAAGAUUGGGCGCUGCCGCAUGGAAGCGAUCGCCUUGGAUGGUCUGGAAACCUUAUUCGAUCCAUUGGCCAAGGCCAAUCCCGAUGCAAAGGUCAUCAUGAUGAAUUGGCGCACGUUUCGACAGUGGAGAAACUCACUGGACACUUUUGUCCAUAAACUCACGGUGAUGGUCUACCACAACAUCAUCACUGGCAGCUCCUUAGGUCUGCUGCCCUGGUUGGCGCUCUUGCAGCCUUUGGAUCGCCUCAGCGGUGGCCACGUGGAGCAUCUCCUGCGCAGUGGUGGGCCGCCGAUUACCGAGGUGGGCGGUCCUAUGGUUUGGCUGUACCACCAGAGCAUGAAUCACCGGAGGCAGUAUGAAUGUUGGACGCCACCAUCAACCUCAAUUGCUCCGCAGACGGAGGAGGAGUACCAGGACUUCUACGGCAAGGCUAAGAAGUACUUCUCCAAAGAGCAAAUCUUUGAUUGGGAUCCGCGAAAGAACACCUUGGAAGAGUUGUGCAACUUCCUGGGCAUUGAUCCCUGCAUCAAGAAGGGCAAGGUGCCCAAAGCCAUCAACACUUGGAUCUUUGAGCGUGAUUUUCCCAUCGCCGCCAAUGCGGUCAUCGUCUUGCGGCUGUUCCUACACUGGGUGAACUGGAAGCUGUUCGACGCGCUGCUGUCACUGCCCUUCUGGUUCUACCGCGCUUGGCGGGAACGGCCGAAAGUCGACUAG